CAGCUGUGUUAUUGUUAGUUUUCAAGCAGUUUUUAGGUUAUUUUCUUGUCGAUAAAUCAGGUGGUGUAUUAUGGUCAAUUUGUGAAGUUUAAAGUGAAUAGACUGUUUCUAAGGACAUUAUUUUGGGUUGUGCAAAUAAGUGAUUUAAAUGGAAGAAUGUUUUCAGAAAGCCGAUUCAGAUAACCUAAAUAUUUACUCUAGAUAUCACCGAAAACCAAAUGAAACAUCAAACAAUUGUGUCUGAUUUCUUGGAAUCUUGCAAAGAAAUAAAUCAACCACAGACACGAGUAGUGGAAGGAAAACCAGCCACUCUGCUAGAGAAAGUUAUGGGGACAGGUUACUGGAUAUGUCCAAGUAAAGAGGACAGAAAAUCAGUGUAUACCUACAUCGUAAAGGCAAGAAUAUGUCCCGAACAUAAAAUUAGGGACCAGCCUUACUUGAAAUUAGACACUCGAGGAAAUAUAAUAUUGGAAGUGUCCUGCAUCAGUUGUGUAGCUUCUUCUGGAGUACGUAAACAAUCAUGCCAUUGCAUUCUUAAUCUGACUCCACCGACAAUCUGAGGAGCCUGCCCCCACGGAAGUGGUAUUUUUGUGUUGAGUUUUGUGUUGUGUUUUGUUCUAUGUAUGAUAAAUACACAAAUGAGUGUACUAUAAGAGAAGUGUUUUACAUGCAUAAUUUACACAAAGUGUAAUUAAAAAUGCAAUUUUUUGGAAAUAUUUUGUAUUUUCGUUAUUGUACAAAAGUUGUAAAUAAUUAAGUGUAAUAGUUUUAAAUAAUUUUGGUUGUAAAUCACUAUAGUUAAUUAGUUGUUAUGAUAAUAUAAUUAUGUUAAUUCAAUUAGAAUGUAUUUGUAUGCUCUGCGCAAGUGAUAUUGGGUCUAUUGAAUAAAACAAAAGUGUUAAAGAUAUUAAUGUUAUUCAAUUACUAUUAAGAGGAAACAGUAGCGAUCAAUAGGUAGCGAAAACGCGUUCCAAGAUUGCGGCUGUAAUUUUAAAUAGUUUUUCAAGA